GUUUCAGAGUGCCUGCCAGCCAGCGUGUUCACGCAACGACGUCGAGAGACUCGCAUUAUUCAUUACGAAGUUGACCGAGAACAUACGCCUAUUUUCAAUCGAAAUUGGGUUAAAAAUGUUCCGGAAAACAAUGUGGAGGAAAGCAGCGAGUGAUGCGGUCAGCUCACAUCAACAUCGAGCCCUGAAUACCACUGUUUUUAUUCUCAGAGAGUUUGGACCGAUUGGAUUUCUCCUGAAAGAGGAUGGAGACAGCAAACAUUAUAAAGUGUGUUUGGGCGAUCCACACACGUGUACCUGCCCUACAUUUCAGAAAGACAAGGAUCUUUGUACACACAUCUGCUGGAUUUUAAUGCGUAAAUUUCGACUGCCACAAGAUCAUGAAUACUGCUUUCAGUACGGUCUUGUGGAGAGACAGAUCCUAGAGCUGUUACAAGGACUUCACGUGACCAAAACUACGUCUCCUAAUGACGAGAGGAGCUCAGAGCCAUCAUGUCCUGAGCCUAGUGAGGAAGACGGAAGCAUCAGGCAGAAAAACAUUGAGAAAGAUGAUAUAUGUCCAAUCUGUCAAGAAGAACUUUUACUGAAAAAAUUGCCUGUAACCUAUUGCAAGUUCAGUUGUGGAAACAGCAUCCACAUUUCCUGCAUGAAGGUAUGGGCUGAUCAUCAGACAAAAAGGGACCCACGUGGCUUGCUUAAGUGUCCACUCUGUAGGGAGGACUUUGGCACCUUUAAGCAGCUGAUUGAACAGGUGAAAAAUGCAGGUGAGCUGUUAACCUUCUAUGAGAAGGACUGUCUGGACAAACAUCUGGGUGUUAUGUGCAACAGUUGCAGGGUUUGUCCAAUCAUUGGCAAAUGUUUCAAAUGCACAGACUGCAGUUAUUUCCAUCUGUGUGAGGACUGCUUUGGGAGAACAGUGCAUCCACAACAUUGCUUCAUGGUUCGAAUGAAAAGAGGUCAGCCAUGGCAGACAGCAGAACCUCGUGCCUCUGAAGACACGCAGAAAAUGGAAAACAACUUAAUGGAUAGUAGCUCCAGCAGCGUAUCUGGUGUGACGUGUGAGAUCAUCCCGAACUAUGUGAUGAAGAGUUUGCCAGUAGUGAGAGUUCGAAAUGAGUCCAGACUGCUUUAUCCAGGUGUUCAGUGUAGAAUCUGCCUCUCAAGAUUUCAACUGGGUCAGCAAGUCAGAACCCUUCCCUGCAAACACAAGUUCCAUACAGGCUGUAUUGAUCCACUGCUCCGCGAGUCUAACUGCUGCCCGCUGGACUGGCAUGUCAUCUACAAUCCUCUUAUGUGGAAUCCCAAAAGUGGCAGAAAAGAAAGAUCUCUGGCUCCAUCUAGUGAUGCUAUGAGCAAGCGUAACGAUGAUCGGAUCUCAGAGUUCUUUCUACCAGGUAUUGGUUUGCACGUAAAAAGAGGUGGUGCUCCAUCUCGCUUGAGAACAGUAACAUCUGAACCAGGGUAUUCCAGUUCUUCCUCUGUGGAUUCACUCAGUCAGGGAUUUCAAGAUAUCUGCAUCAAUAGUUCCCACAUAGAAACAUAUACCAGAAUGCCCAACAUGAAGCAGAAUUAUACGAAAGAACAUCAUGGAAGCCUGUCAGUGGGGAAGGCAAUAGUUGCACAGAGGAGAGAAUCUUUCCCAAAUAGGCCUUCAGCUGUUAAUCUGAAUUGUUUAAACGUCCGGUCAGCUUUGGCCGGAACAAAGAAUGACCAGGAAAGACUCACUGUGGGCAUUAAUGGGCCAUGCAGCAAGAGUCCAGCUUACGGGAGAAUUAGACCACUUAGGAAUGAUCACUUACGACAGAGACCAAGACCAAACAGGGUGGACGUGAAGGAUCUUCAUCUCUGGAUGACAAACAAUCCCGUCAAAGUUAUACAAAAGUAAAAGUGAACAAAUAUGCAAUCAAAAAAUAAUGGUAGCAUGUUGCUUCAAGGAUGUAUGGAUUUUUUCCACUGUCCAGGAAACAAGAAUUCAAGACACUCAAAUGUGUAAUAUUAAAAUGCUUUUAUUAAAAUGUGAAUAUAACAGGAAGACUCUCUUGAAUGUUAUUGCCUUGUUUUAAAAUGGCCUUAAAUUUCUUGCUUAAUAAAAUCAAGCAUAUUGGGUUUUCUUUAUUUAGCUGAGCAGUCACAAAAUUUUAGAAACUUCAAAUUCAAAAUUUAGCGUGCGAUCAUUGUUGAAAGCGAAGGCAAAGACUGGCCAUUUUUGACAUUUAUGUUGGUAUGAGAGGCAGUAAUAUUAUUAUUGUCUUUUACAUUUGUUACUUAUUUAAUGUUUAUUUAUAGUAAAAAAAAAAAUAAAUGUAUGCUUUCAUUAAUUCUAGGUACAUAAAACUCAUGAGUAUUUUUUUUUGGUCAAGUACCUUUAUUAAAUGUGCACAAAAAGGCAGAUUGAUUACAAGCUGUACUUUAAAGCAUCCAGGAAUGGCUCAUGAGCCAUUUAAACCAGUGUGUUGAGAAAUCAUUAUAAUAUAUAUUACAAUUAACGAAAUAAUAAAUGCUACAGUA